AUGAGACUCACCAUGUUCGUGUACAGUUUGCUGAGCAUCGUAGGGCUGUGCUUGGUGAGAAUCGGCCAGGGCGCUGUAAGCAACGAUUGCAACACUGCAACUGCACAAUGCACCGCCGUCCGUCCAUCAUCAGUCACGAACGAAUCAAUAACGACCGUUGACAAACUGCACUACGAGCUCGUCGCUUCUGGUGGGAUCUUGAACGAUCCCUUGACACCGCUGCCAACCCUUGCCAACGGUCAUCUGGGCUUCACCGUGUUUCAAGACGCGGUGUACAUGGCCGGCCUGUACAACGGUGCAGGUGGUCUAAGUCAUCGCGCACGCAUACCGAACAUGGCCAACGUACGGUUGGACAACGACUGCUACCGCGGAAAGGAUCGUUCGUGCAGCGUUACGCUCGAUCUUCGCAGUGGAUAUUUUCGCGUAAGCUACGAAAACGCCAACCACUCCUUUCGGAUGACGCACCUACUCUAUCCGCACGCCCUGUACCGGCGCUUGAUCGUUAAUCAGCUUUUGUUCGAACGGCUCACACCGGAAGCUGGAGACAUCAGUUUACCGCUUGUGCCGGGGACGGCUUUCACCAGCGAGGACAUUCAUUUUCAACCCAUUAGUGCACCAACCAGUGUGCAGCCGAGCAGCCCAACUUCUGGAACCGUUCCACAGCAUGAUGACGGUAUGGAUCGUAUUUAUCAAAGCUGCGGCACAACGCGGGAGGUGGAAAAUUCCACCUAUCAAACCCAGGGAAGACCAGUGUGUGUGCUAUGGAAUCACAUCCCAGAACGGUUGGUACUGCCCGAGAAUGAGACGAUUACUGCGUUCACCUUCCUAAUGGCCGUUGAUGAAAGUGUGGCCGUUGCAGAAAAGGAACUUAAAGUAGCGCUGGCACAAACCGGUGAAGAGUUACUGCAGGCGCAUACAUCACUGUGGGGUUCCUUCUGGGACCGUUUCGACAUCCUAAUGACCGGAAACGAACCGUUACAGUAUGUCGUACGGGCAAGCGUCUUCUAUCUGGUCAGCAAUCUACCGUUCGAGGCAAGCUUCACCAGAUCACCGGGACCGUUUUGGGGUCUCGGCCCGACCGGGCUGGGACGCGGUGGUACGAACCUAGACGACUACGAGGGCCACUCGUUCUGGGACACGGAAAUUUGGAUGUUUCCCGUACUGAAUCUGAUCGAUCCAUGGUACUCGCGGUUAUUGAUAACAUACCGGGUCAAGAUGCUACCGACGGCGAGACGUCUCGCAGUCGAGGCUGGCUACGACGGUGUCCGAUUUCCCUGGGAAAGUGCAUUCACAGGAGUGGAGGUUACGCAACCCUGUUGUCCAGCGGUGGCAAAGUAUGCGCAUCAUAUCACCGGCGACAUAAGCUUCGCCCUUCGGCAGUACCUCGCCACUACGCAUGAUCUCGAAUGGCUCCGGAACCGAGGCGGAUGUGGAAUGGUACAGUCAAUAGCGGAGUUCUGGAGCAGUCGCGUGAAGUUCAACUACACCGGCACGGAGAACUACGACAUAGUGGCGGUAAUGGGACCGGAUGAGGAUCAUGAAAAUGUAACCAACAACGCGUACACAAACGUGGUCGCCGGCUAUGCUUUGUAUUUUGGCGAUUUCGUCAGCUGUAUUUGCGGCGAUGACGUCACCUCCAGGAAUUGGAGUGCCAUCGCCAAACGGAUCAAACUCACAUACGACGAAAUAGGCAAUUUUCAUCUGCAGUACGAAGGCUACAAAGCUUCCACCAGGAUCAAGCAGGCGGAUGCAAUUCUUCUCGGAUACCCGUUGCUAUACCCCGUGAUGAAACCGUACACGCUCAAAAACGAUCUGUUCAUGUACGAACCGGUAACGCGACCCACCGGACCGGCAAUGUCCUGGUCCAUGCAUGCCAUAAAUCACCUCGAUAUAAUGCAAUCGCGGGAAGCGGCCACAAACUUCAACCGCAGCUACCAACCGUACAUCCGUGGAACGUUCAACGUGUGGUAUGAGCUGCAGACACCAGCCACCGGAGCGGAAAACUUCCUUACCGGUGCGGGCGGAUUUCUACAGGCCGUGCUCUUCGGUUACACCGGAUUUCGGGUGUAUCUGGAUCGGCUGGAGGUGCGAAGCCGUGAUCCGCUGGAACUAUCAGUCGCUGGCGUUAGUGGUACUGCGAAAGGAGUGCAGUAUCUUGGGGCGCUUAUCACGGUAACACAAUCGGUUGACAGAGCGGAAAUUGCGGUGACUCACCUGGACGAAGAGUUGACGAUAGAAUUUGAUGAUGGGAAUGCCGCAACCGAUAUCGUUCUCAAUCAAGUCUAUCCACUGGAGAGAGGUGCGACAGCGAAAAUACGGGCUAAAUCUUAUCCAUACCGGGACUGUGAUUUACCAAAGGAUGUCAUUGGAUACUAA